UUAAAUGGAUGCAGGUUUGUAUCAAGUGGGCUGCCUUGUGUUAAGUCUCUGCAUCCACCCACUUUACAUCAGGAAGGGAAGCCUACCCUUCUUUAUCUGAAAGGAAGUGCGAAAAUAAGCAUCAGCGGCGGAGUGCCCAAGCUUGGACACCUUUUACACUGACCACUCAGCUCGAGUCUGUGAGAGAAGUCAGCGAGAAUCACACCAUCACCAUGGAGCCCAUCAAGGUUUUUGUCUUCCUGCUGCUGGUGUCUCUCCAUGUCUCCACAGAGGGUACAAAUGAAACGGAUACUGGGGUGCAAGAACAAGCAGCAUCACCUUCACCAAAGACAGUAGCUGAAGCAGCAUCAUUAGGAACAACUAAAUCUGUGAAGGAUCCUUCACCUACAGGAGCAUCUACACUCCACCCUAAAGGCAACACUUCACUAUCAGUUUCCCAGGAGCCCAAUGAAAAUGGUAAGACAAAUGAAACGGAUACUGGGGAGCAAGCACAAGCAACAUCACCUUCACCAAAGACAACAGCAGCACCAUUAGAUGGUAAGACAAAUGAAACGGAUACUGGGGUGCAAGAACAAGCAACAUCACCUACACCGAAGGCAACAGCAGCACCAUUAGGAACAACUAAAUCUGUGAAGGCUCUUCUACCUACAGGAGCAUCUACACUCCACCCUAAAGGCAACACUUCACUAUCAGUUUCCCAGGAGCCCAAUGAAAGUGCACCCACUACUACCCAAGCAUCAGUUAAUCUGGGAGCAGCAGCUCAAACUGCUGGCAACAGUCUCUGGUCGCUGAUGGUGCUAGUUGUUGUAGCUGCAGUUGUAGCUGGAGUUGCCAUGUGCUGCAAAUUCAAAAGCAAGAAAGUCCACAGUCACACAGAAACCAUUGAUACUGGAACUGAGAACGCAUCUUUCCAAAACAGGCCUGAAGGCUCCAAAGAUAGUGUCAUGCUUGUCGGAGUAAAGUCAUCAGGUGGAGAAGAAAAUGCUUCCGCGAGAUAAAGAAAAAGAAAAGGAAGAGCAGAAACAUCAGGAUGGGCAAGUGGAAAAAAGACAAAUGUCAUCCAGAGGCGGCCAGUCUGGAGAAGCGUGUAGAUUUUUUUUAUUUCUAAUUUGGUGAAAGAUUUUGUGACACAGGAACAUUUUCAGGUAUAUUUCUGUAAAACACAGCAAAUUCAUUUGGUGGAAAGUGACUCAAUAAAGCAAAUUUUUCACAUCAUGGACAACAAAGCUCUUUAGACUGACAGCUGUCAGUCUGCCUAUGGAAUAUAAAGAAUUAAAAAUAUGUUUUGUUAUCUAUACAGCCUUUAUUCUAUCCAGCAUGUUGCUGCUUUGCUCACUUUUUUUCACUGCUGAUCCACAAACCUGUUUCCUGUAAAGUGCACUGACCUCAAAUCUGUCACAUCGAUGCUAUGAAUCACCUCAUUCCAUAGUUACCGUCUUUCCUUUGUGUGUUAUCUAUCAUUUAUCUAAACUGAAUUAUUUCAUAGAUUUUGUUUUUAAUGUCACAUUCACACAUAAGUAUUUUGUAAGAUGAAGCUCUUUGUAGGUGGAGACUGUUUUCUGCAGGAAUAAAAGGGAUAUCUGCAAAGAAGUCCUCCAUCAUCUUGUAGAUCUUGUGCAGGAAUUUUGUUUGUACAUUUUGUUGUGUGAGGAAUCUGCAGUACAGUGAAUAAAAUAUUACACAGAUUCAGAUGGAUGUAUUUACUGUAAAGCUACUGGAACUGCUUUGUGAUGAAAGACUGGAAUUAAUUACUGUCAACCUCUGUUUUUCAAAAAAAAAAAAAAAAAACAUAAAAA